AACUGCUGUUUCUAGUCUAGAUGUUUAGUAGGGGGAAAAAUACUGUACCUUCUUCCAAUUAUGAGCCGGAUUUUUAUAUCUGUAGCAGGAAUUUGAAAGAACAACAAAUAUUGUUUAUAUAAAGAUAAAGUACAUGCGUAACUAAAAAAAUGAAUACUUAAUACAGACACAAUAACUGAUAUCUCAUUACGUCUUGACCUCAGCUCCGGGUCAGAAGGAACUCGAUAUUACGGCAAGCGCUCUGUCCCUGGCUCAGUUCGAGCUAAAAACUCAGCAACAUGCGGACCUCACUCAUAUUCAGUGUAAUUGUAUACGCGACAACAGUCAUGCCAGCCCCGAGCUUUAGCGAUUCCAUCUCCAACUUCUUCUCCGGUCAAUCCGAAAAGGCCACAAAAUUCUUUGAAGAGCAGAGACAAAAAAUAGAGAGAGCUUUUAACUCUAGUAUAGAGGAAGCGACAAGAAUGAAGGAUACCGUUAACAACUACAUGGAAGAACAGCAGAAUAAGAUUAGCACUGACAUCAAUAACUACGUAGAAAGCGUGAAGGAGAGCGGAAGAAAAGUGGCAGAUUCCUGGUCCUAUCUGCCAAACGACGAUAGUACAGCGCGCUUAGAAAACCCUGACAUCGUAUUGUCAGUUCCUGCCACCAUCGCUCGACAUGGAUACAAUUGCGAAACCCACACGGUAAUAUCUCAAGGGUACCUACUUAGCAUACACAGAAUACCUCGCUCGAAGAAGGGAGACAACGUUCCCUCGAAGACGGUUAUUUUGCACCAUGGAUUAUUUGCCAGUUCUGCGGAUUGGAUCCUGAACGGUCCCGAAAAAGGCUUAGCUUACACGCUUGCCGAUGCUGGAUACGACGUUUGGAUGCCCAAUAUAAGAGGCAACAAGUACUCUAGGGAGCAUGCCUGGUUGAAAACCGACUCCAAAUCCUACUGGAACUUUUCUUGGCACGACGUCGCUUUAUACGAUGUUCCCGCAAUUAUUGACUAUAUAAUUAAAAUGAAAGGUGAAGGCACUAAAAUUACGUACAUAGGACAUUCGAUGGGGACAACUAUUCUCUUCGCUAUGCUAACUUUACGUCCUGAUUAUAACAAGAUUCUGACCGCUGGUUUCGCUUUAGCGCCUGUAGUGUUCAUGAACGACAUGAAGUCUUCUUUGAAAUCAUUCGCACCACUAGCCAGCAACGUCGCUUACAUGGAGAUGCUAUACGGGUCCCACGAGUUCAUUCCUAAGCACUCGGCCUUAGGCAGGAUAUCGACUUCUUGCAAAGCAGACAGCUUUGAUGCGGCGUACUGCAGAAACAUUAUCUUCUCCAUAUGUGGUUAUAAUGAAAAGCAGUUUAAUAAGGAGCUCCUACCAGUAUUUCUGUCACACCUCGGCACUGGGACUUCGUGGAAGACAACGGUACACUUUGCUCAGCUGGUCACCUCGGAAAGGUUCCAACAGUUUGACUACGGAGCCAGCCAUAAUAAAAUAAUGUACGGACGAGAAACGCCUCCCGAAUACGAUCUUAAAAAAGUUACUUUACCGAUAACUUUGUUUUGGUCGAAAAAUGAUUUAUUGUCAAGUGAAACAGCGGUAAAUAUGUUGAAGGAGAGAUUACCGGCGACGACCGACUCGUACUUAGUACCAAAUGAAGAAUUUAAUCACCUAGAUUAUUUAUGGGCUAUCGAUGCGCCUACGUUAUUGAACAACAAGAUUAUUGAAAAGCUCGAUGCCGUAUCUUCAAGUUAUGACUUUUAUUUCUCUAUAAAAGCUGUAGGAAAAUGAAAUACCUUGUAAAUAUAAUUCUUAAAUUGUGCUUCAAGUAUUAUAUUAUGUGCUGAAAGUUAAUCUGUAUAACUCUUUUUUAAAGCUUGAGAGAGAAUUGUUCAAACGUUUUACAACAGAAUUUACAGUGUGAAUAAAAUUUAAUAAUUGAAAAUUUUCUGAAGGUCAACUUAAGUCGGGAUUUGUUAAAGUUUUACAUGAAAUUUAAAUCAUGGCAGACAAAGUUGCGGAGCGGGAUAAAUAGAGAAAAGAAAAAUAUACGAAGAGUAUUCAAUGUUCAAAAUAAAAGUCAAAUGAAAAAUGAGUUAAUUUUCAAUUAAGCUGGUAUGUACAUUGCAUCGUUAGCAUCUAUUUUUAUUAUAAUUUAGACGAUAUCAUUAAUAUUUUCUUAAUAUUGAUUACUUUUGACAACGAAUGCAAAUCGUAACAAUAAGUCGGUUUCCAUUUUUCUAACCUUCUGCAGAACACUAGAUUUUGCGUGUUUUAGACAGUUUAGGUAUUACAAUACAAAUCGCUGUGAGCGGUGAAGGAGAAAAUAAGAUUCUAAAGACUAUAUUCCGCUCCGUGGCUUCAUCUGACAUGUGACAUGUGUGAUGCAUAGUGAUAUAUGACUAAAAUAUUAUUCAGACAUUUAUUAUGCAUUUAUCUUACAGUGAAACUAUGUGGUCUUCGUCUGAUUGAUGCUUAGAUGACUAUGUAAGAUAUUAUUGUAUUCUUUAGUAUUACGUAUUAUAUGAUUAAUGUAAGGUAGGGACUAUUGUACCUGUAAAACUACGAUAUAUUUAAUUCAAUAAAAUAAUGAACUACA